AUGAAUGCCACAUCGAAUCUCAUGAUUCAUCGAGUCGUCGAGAAAAAUGGAUUCGAGAAAUCGGUGGAGUUUCGAUGCGGCGAUACCAAGGGACCAUUCAAGGUGACAUGUCGCCAACUCGACUAUUCAUCCACAGAUGGCUCGCUAUUGAUUACGAUGAACAAUUUGAACGGCGAGCGAAUUCGUUUCGAAAUGGAAAAUGACGAAAUACUGAAACGAUUGAAGCCGUGCGCGAAUCCGCUUUUGGCCAACUGCGUCGUUCUUCAUACAGGUGACGCGAUUCAGAUUCUCAUCACUCGCGAUGUGCACAAAAACGACGGUCUUCUCGGUGUGCUUGUCACCGAGAAACUCCUGCCAAAUAAUGAGAAAAGUCAACUGAUUUUUUUGGGUGGUACCCCCGGAGUGGAACUCGGCUAGCACACGUGUCCAAAAUGCAAAAUCGCCAAAUUCAGCAGCGUCGAGAAUUUAAAGGUGCACACGGAUAGCUAUUGUAGCAAUCGCGAUGAAUCAUGGGAUUUCAAGAGGAAUGAGACGUCGAGCGUGAUAUUGGUCCCAUUGGCUUAUCAUGAUCUGCCGCAGCAACAAGCUGUUCAGCUUCUUGGUCCGGUUCACAGUGUCGUUCCGGUGGCGAUUGGCCGAAGCACUGGCCUACUCAAAUCGAAUCCCCUGUUCGUUCAAAACACACAAAAUAUUCAAAUUCCGAACAGUUUGAAUAUCAAACUUCCGCAAUUAUCAAUCAAUAUUCCAAUUGUGAAUUUGGAUGAUUGCGCUCCAAUUGCUCCACUAGAUCUUUCAAAAUGCGAAUUAGCUUCAUCUUCAGCUUCCUCAUCACCAAAAUCAAAGAUUUCCGAAUUUCCUGAAAAACCAUUUUCGUGUUCGUGCGGUGUCUCGUUCAGCAACGAAAAAACGUUUGAUGCGCAUAAAAAUUUCUAUUGCAAAAAUUCGGAAGCGGCGAAUGCGGCGGCCAAAGCGGAAACGUCUAAAAAGGUACCGGAAAAAUGUUCGCAAUGCGAUUUUCGACCGUCUUCCACUUCACAUCUUGCAAUGCAUAUUCGCACCGCCCACCAAGCCCUAAAAACCUACACAUGCCAAGUGUGCGGCUACAGAGCAUUCAGUAUGAGAGGCAUUCGGACACAUAUGAGAAAUCAUUCGCCCGGUGAUUCGCAGCGUUUCGAAGCCGGAACGAGGAGUGACGAGAAAUGA